CAUUUCACCUAAGAUUAGUUUUCUUCUCACCAGAUGUAAGAGGUUUCCGUCACCAGUUUUCUAGCACCAGCCAUGGAGCUUUCACCCCAUGUACAAGAGAAGCUGCACUCAGGGCACAAAGUUACUGCUAUACUUCAAGCACAGAUGUUGACACAGAUGUUUUGGUGAAUAUCACUUCUGGGAAAGUGAGAUUAUUAUUUGAAAUGCCGUUUAGUCAAAGGACAAACACCUUUGUAUCAGAAGUCUUACGUGCUGCUGAAGUGCUUGGAAAACGGAGAGGACCUCCACCAGAGUUUUCAUGGCUUCUUCCCUACCAGAACUCUGCAAGCAGUUCCAAUGAGGGAGAACUGGCAACCAUGGGGCAGAACAAUCCUGCCAGUGGUCCAGACAACUUGGAUGCUGUCAGCUUGGGUGAUGUUAGUGUGGACGUAAUGCAGACCCCACCUGCACCCUCCCUUGACCCUGCUAUCAGUAUUACUGACAACAGUAGUUUGCAUCAUGAUAAUGAAAGGAGUCCAGACUUGGGUGUCAACCGACAUAGUAUUGCUACUGGCUUGUCUCCAACACCUAUUGCUGCCAGGGAGAGCCACAUCAGACAUCAGAUGACAUUGAGGGAGGACUCCUAUACCAACAUUCAUAAUUUUACGGUAUUUGCAGGGACAUGGAAUGUGAAUGGUCGUUCUCCCACAGUUGGCUUGGCUGAAUGGUUGUCAGUGGAUGAGGAGCCACCUGAUGUGUAUGGUAUUGGUUUUCAGGAACUAGAUUUAAACACUGAGACAUUCCUCUUCAAUAAUACACCAAAGGAACAGGAGUGGUUGAAUGCUGUACUGAAUGGAAUUCAUCCAAAGGCAAAAUACAAAAAUGUUCGUUUGGUGCGCCUUGUUGGAAUGAUGCUUAUAGUAUUGGUGCAGGAGAAACACUUUGCUUAUGUCAGCAAAGUUGCCAUUGACACAGUUGGAACAGGCAUCAUGAACAAACUGGGCAACAAAGGAGCAGUAGCAGUAAGGUUUGAGCUGCAUAACACUUCAAUAUGCUUUGUUAAUGCACACAUGGCAGCACAUCUUGAGGAAGUAGAGAGAAGAAACGAAGAUCAUGAUUGCAUAUUCCAAAGAACAUGUUUCCAUAUGAAUAUAAACAGUCCACCAAAGACUAUAAAAGACCAUGACCAUAUAUAUUUCAUUGGUGAUAUGAAUUACCGAAUCAACCCAAGUGAUGCAGUGAAUAUUAGAGAGGUUGCCAGCAGUGGAGAUUUCAAGAUUCUUUUAGAAAAUGAACAGCUGAAUCAGCAGAGGGCUAUGAAGAGAGUCUUCCAUAAAUUCAAUGAAGGAGAUAUCUCUUUCAAGCCUACUUUUAAAUAUGACGUUGACAGUGAUGAGUGGGAUUCCAGUGAAAAGGCAAGGCAGCCAGCUUGGUGUGAUAGAAUUCUAUGGUAUGGUGAUGGAAUAAUGCAAAAUGUCUAUCGAUCACAUCCAGCUCUGAAGAUCAGUGACCAUAAACCUGUCAGUGCUGUCUUCCAGGCUGGGGUGAUAAAUGUGAUGUUACCCUUGAGGUCUUGGUGGAUAAACGGACUGCGGCCCAACUGAAUUCUGGCGCUGAUAAAUUAUAUGAUAUAUUGGUGCUUCAUUUGGAGGGAGGAAAAGACCUCUUUAUUACAAUCACAGGUGACUAUGAAAGAAGUUGCUUUGGGUCUUCGAUUAAUGCUCUGGUUCAUAUGAAUAAACCUUUUAAAGAAGUCCCAAUGGCUAAAUUGAUUGACUUGGAAAGUAAGCAACCAAAAGAUCUUAGUGAGAUGCCAUAUGCAGUACCCAAGGAACUAUGGUAUCUGGUUGACCACCUUCACUCCCAUGCCCUACAAGUGGAAGGUCUAUUCACCUACCGUGGUCUUCAGAAAGAAAUUACUGAAAUUAGGACUUCGCUUGAUGAAGGUGUGCCAAAUGACCUUCUUCCUGGUAGUGUUCAUUCAGUUGCUGAGGCAUUGCUUCUGUUCUUGGAGGCCCUCCCAGAGCCUGUCAUUCCCUAUAGCCUCUACAGUGCUGCUCUGGAGGCAACACCAAAUUUCUCCCUUUGCAAAGAAAUUGUAUCCAAGUUACCUGACUAUCACCGAAAUGUUUUUACUUACCUAAUGGCAUUCUUAAAGGAACUUUUAAAUCACUCGGAGGAUAAUAAUUUAGAUGCCAAAACCUUAGCUCUAGUGUUUGGAAGCAUUUUAUUGCGAGAGCCUCCAAACAUUGCCAUGGACCGUCGCACACCUGCUCAGGCAGUAGAGAGGAAAAGGCAGACAUUUGUUCAUCACUUCCUUGUUAAUGAUUAUGAGUGAUAUAUGAAUAGUCAGUAUUAUUUAUUGAGGUUUUGUGCAAUUUGUUUUGCUCUCUUGGUUAAUAUUUCCUGAUUUUUAUUAUUAUUAUCAUCUAGUCUUUAAAUAAUCUUUGUUGUAACUGGAUAUAGCUACGAUUAAUCCAAAAGAAUUAAUUUUACUCUGUUGUUUUACUAUGUAUUCAUUAAGAUGUAAUAUAAUUUACAUGUUUAUAUUGAUAGUCUUUUCUUUUUUUUAUUAAAGAAAGUAUCAUUAUUGUAGAUUGUAAUAGAAAGACUAGUGAAUGGCAGUAAUGUUUGUCUGGAACUAUUGCAAAAUUUAACAGUAUGCAUUAACUAUCUAAAAUGAAAUGAUAUAUUCAGUGAGAUGAAAGUCAAAGAACAUAUCAUAUACCAGAAAUUUCCACAAGGAUAGUUUAUUUGCUUUUGUUGUACUUACUGUACAGGUAUGAUGUGUCUAAUGUAAAUAUGUUCAGGAAAAUCUUUGUUCUUGUUGGAUUAGGGUUCAUUUUCCCCAGCUCUCUUAUGAGGAGUUCUGUAUAUGAAUUUUUUAUUAUGUUUUCCAUUUGCAUAUACUAAGGCAAUUCAACAGGAGCAGUCCAUUUUUCUUGACAGUUGAUAGUUUUCUAUUCAGCAUCAUAUAUGUAACUAUUAUUCCUGCACAUAUUGUAAUUAAUAAAUGCAUGGGGAAUUA